CGAAUACGACACCGGACAUGACACCCGCCAACGCUGCAUCUCAGUCUACUGACGUGACGACGGCUGCUUCAUCCCCGGUUGUCGACGCUAACCAGAGCCAGGAACAAGUCAAGGAUUCGUCAAUGUCGACUUCCUCCAUCAGCAAACCGAUCGGCAAGGCGGCACCUGUGUCGGAGGAUAUCAAUGGUGGUCUCGCCGCAUCGAUCCAUGCGACGGCAUCAGUAGAGUCGGUCAGUGGCGUGUCUGCGUCGAUGUGGGCAACAGCACCGGCGGCGCCCCCUUCACUGGCAUCACGUAGCGGCCUGUCUGCAUCCAUGUGGGCCACGGCACCAAAGGCGUCCUCCUCACUGGCAUCACGUAGCGGCUUGUCUGCGUCCAUGUGGGCCACGGCACCGGCGGCAUCCCCUUCACUGGCAUUAGGCAACGGCUCGUCUGCGUCAAUGUGGGCCACGGCACCAAAGGCAUCCCCUUCACUGGCAUUAGGCAACGGCUCGUCUGCAUCCAUGUGGGCCACGGCGCCAAAGGCGUCCUCACUGGCAUCAGGCAACGGCUCGUCUGCGUCAAUGUGGGCCACCGCACCAGAACCGUCUUCUUCGCGGACAUCGAACAGUGGGCUAUCGGCAUCGAUUUGGGCAACUUCGUCACCUGCAUCAUCCUCUCGGGCAUCCACCACGGCGAGCGCUAGGGGUUCCAACAGGUAUCGCGGAUCUUCGGCUGUUCCAAAAGGCCCAAACUCGUCCCGCAAACCUAACGUGGCACGUCAAUCGCACAAACCCACCGCGCGCCCAUCGUCGACUGCAGCCCCCAUCGCGUCCGGUUCCAAGCCUCCGCGAUCGUCGUUCGGACUGGGGGCAUCGAUCCAUGCUCCUCAGGCUACACGCGCGGCUCCCUUCGAGUUUGGUUCUGCCCAACAGGCUCCUGCUUCGUCAGUUGUGAAUGGUUUGGCGGCGUUGGCUUCCGUGGCCCAGGAUUUGGUGCCACCAACUGAAGUGCCGGCUACCGUGAAGGACAGCUCUCUGGACGCGCCCCGACCACAGGACGAAGAGGAGGAAGUAUUCGUUUACCCCGGCACGACGACCCUGGAUCUGG